GCUCGCUCUUUGGUCCUCCGACUCCUGAAGUUGGCAACGGGGACGGACUCCCGCGCUGGAGACCCCGGCCAUUGGUUGCCACUGAGCGCAAGGCCAUCUCAUCUCCUACGCCAAAGAGGCGAUUCUUCAGGCCAGCUGGGAGUAAUGGGGCGUCCAGGCUGGAGGAGCAAACCAUCUCUUGGAGCUCUUAGAGGGUCCCAAACUGCUCUCCUCGCUCCCGUUCUGAAGCCCUAGAAGGGGCUUCUGUAGAAAGCCCGGAUUCCCCACCCGCUUCACGCCACACCAUCUGUAGUCCACCGCCCGGCUAGCCCUGGCAGGCAGCGCCCCUUCCCCUCCGCAGUAACCAGCUGGUCCCACCUCCCCACCGAGACCAAGUUCAACAAGUUUGUCCAAGAAGUCGUAGAGCGUCCAUGUCUAGGCCUGGCUAUGCCUGUCUGUGUGGCUGGCUCCACCAGCUCGGAGUUGUUCAACCACCGUGCCUUCUGGGAUCGGGAGGUGGUUUGUCGAGUGGCGCUGUAUGUAAGGGUGGAGGCCAAAGACCGGCAGUCCCUGGGUUCCGAGAUUUGGUGUGGAGGCUCAAGGUUAGGAGUGCGUCAUUAGCGAGCAGGCACCUCAGCUGGCAGAGUCGUAGUGGCAGCUUGGAGACUUGGACACGGGUCCUUGAAGUGAUCUGGAGACCCCAGUCCCCAAACUGCAGGCCUCACUUUUCUGCUUCCUAACUUGGCCUCCACAACACCACAUCUGCCACCAUUCUGUGCUGCAGGGACGCCAUGGCUCCAGAAGAGGAUGCUGGAGGAGAGGCCUUAGGGGGCAGUUUCUGGGAGGCUGGCAACUACAGACGGACGGUGCAGCGGGUUGAGGAUGGGCACAGGCUGUGUGGGGACCUGGUUAACUGCUUCCAAGAACGUGCCCGCAUUGAGAAGGCCUAUGCCCAGCAGCUGGCUGACUGGGCCCGCAAGUGGAGGGGAGCUGUGGAGAAGGGCCCACAAUAUGGCACUCUGGAGAAGGCCUGGCAUGCCUUCUUUACUGCGGCUGAGCGGCUGAGCGAGCUACACUUGGAAGUGAGGGAGAAGUUGCACGGUCCAGACAGUGAGCGUGUGCGGACCUGGCAGCGAGGGGCUUUCCACCGGCCAGUGCUGGGUGGCUUUCGGGAAAGCCGGGCUGCCGAGGAUGGUUUCCGUAAAGCCCAGAAGCCCUGGCUAAAGAGGCUAAAGGAGGUUGAAGCUUCCAAGAAGAGCUACUACGCAGCACGCAAGGAUGAGAAGACAGCCCAGACCCGGGAGAGCCACGCGAAGGCAGACAGCUCCGUGUCCCAGGAACAGCUUCGAAAAUUGCAGGAACGAGUUGGACGCUGCACCAAGGAGGCAGAGAAGAUGAAAACCCAAUAUGAGCAGACACUGGUGGAGCUAAAUCGCUAUACCCCGCGCUACAUGGAGGAUAUGGAGCAGGCCUUUGAGAGCUGCCAGGCUGCGGAACGCCAGCGGCUUCUCUUCUUCAAGGAUAUGUUGUUCACCUUGCAUCAGCACCUUGACCUCUCGAGCAGUGACAAGUUCCAUGAGCUCCACCGAGACCUGCAGCAGGGCAUCGAGGCUGCUAGUGAUGAGGAAGAUCUCCGCUGGUGGCGCAGCACACAUGGGCCUGGCAUGGCCAUGAACUGGCCACAGUUUGAGGAGUGGUCCUUAGACACACAGAGAGCAAUCAGCCGGAAGGAGAAGGGGGGCCGGAACCCUGAUGAGGUUACCCUGACCAGCAUUGUACCUACAAGAGAUGGCACUGUAGCCCCACCCCAGUCCCCAGCAUGCCCAGCAUCUCCAGGCAGUGGGCAGGAUGAGGACUGGUCAGAUGAAGAGAGUCCCCGGAAGACUGCCACUGGGGUGAGGGUGCGGGCGCUUUAUGACUAUGCCGGCCAGGAAGCCGAUGAGCUGAGCUUCCGAGCAGGGGAAGAGCUGCUGAAGAUGAGUGAGGAAGAUGAGCAAGGCUGGUGCCAGGGCCAGUUGCAGAGUGGCCGCAUCGGUCUGUACCCUGCCAAUUAUGUAGAAUGUGUGGGUGCCUGAGUGCCCCGACAGUCCUGUUGCAGCUUCUCUCCAACCAGAGCCAAAGCUCAGCCCUUCCGGGAGCUGGACCUGAGGACCCUGAACCAAGUACCGCUGCUGUUCUGUUUCCGGAGAGGGAGGAUGCCCGAGGGCCCAUGAAGGGGAGGGGUCUGCGUCUAGAAAGAGUCCUAAAGAGUUCAGAUUGGAGGCAGGAAGGGAGGUUGGAGUGACAGGAGUGACAGGUGCCUGAGCCUCCCGGGAGCUUUUGGGUCAUCCCAGGAGUAGGGGAUCCAGUUCUUAAGCUGGGAGUUCCUGAGGAUGAGGUUGGGGAGAAUGUAGUUUGGGGCUAGCAGCAUCCUAUUUUGUGACUUGUAGUGUGUAUUAAACUUGAUCAAGAAUAAAAGUACCGUCUAGUGUUGUAA